AUGUCGUUUCUAGAUAUUGAAUACCGCACAGAUGAAGAACUUCAUUGGGAGAAGAUCCCAUGCACGACGAGAACCAAUGUCGUCGCCUGCUGCGAGCAGCAGCAUUGGACACUCCCGGAUUUCUACCAGAAAGUUUGGGCAAUUGUUCUGAAUCGUUUCACUGCAUCUCAAUCCGUCACAUUCGCCAUCAAUGAUGAAGGUGAUCGCAGACCAUCCAAAAGAUGCGAAAUUAUGUUCAACAUUGAGGUCUCGGUCGCCGAAUUGAUGAAAUCGCCCGACGCGUUGAGCUCCUCGAUCGAAACCACUUCUGGGUUGGAUUGUGCAACUGCCGUUGUGGUUGAUAUGCGUGAUGGUACAACCCUUGGCGGGGAAGACUUCGUUUCACCACUGCAAAUCGUUCUCUGCAUUGAGAGGUGUGGAGUUUCGCUAUUUUACUGCAAAAGCAUACCUUCAUGGCACGCAAAGAAUCUUGCCUCUGCCUUAGACAAGGCUGUUGAGGAAAUAUCCCGAUUCCCGCGCCAAACAGUCAAAGAUCUUGACCUACUCAGCGAGUCCAAUAACAUUCAAGUUGGCGAGUGGCAAGAUCGCCCUCGUGCCAGAAGUCUCACGCCCAUGGUGAAUGCAAUCCGACAACAUGCAUCCCUUCGACCAACGCAUCAAGCAAUUUGUGCUUGGGAUGGCACAUUUACCUAUGCCGAGUUGGACAAUAUCUCCAGUCGGUUGGCGCACCGAUUAAGGUCCAUGAAUGUUGGAGAAAAUGACAUGGUGCUCUUGGGGUUUGAGAAGUCGGCUUUUGCACUGGUGGCCAUGGUUUCCAUUCUCAAGGCCGGGGCAAUCUUCGUGCCUAUCAGCCCAACGUAUCCCACCCCACGAAUCCAGGCGAUUGUCGACGCGACUAAUCCCAAGCUUGCUUUCACCUCAAAGAUCUGA